UGUCGUCCUCGUACCCUUCCCUUUGGCUUUGGGUGCGUUUCUUGCUUCUGAACGAGAACAAUGGGCGAUGGGCUACCGGAAGACCUGAUCGUCAAUAUCUUCUCGAGACUGCCGGUCAAGACUUUAGUCCGAUUCAGGUGCGCCUGUAAACGCUGGAACGAACUAAUUCGUUCCCCUGAUUUCGUCGAUAUUCACUUCAACGCCAACAAUCAGAACGAGGGGGCGAGGAGAGGCUCUAUCACCCAUCACAUUAAUGGCGGCGCGAUCUUCUCCGUGCGGGUCAACGAAGCGACCGCCGAUCUGAGCCUGCCAGUUCCAGAUGUCGAAAGGGCCGUAGAUGUGGUGGGUUCUUCCAACGGCUUAGUCUGCCUUGUGGUUCGUCCUUGGGACUACGCCUUGUGGAACCCUGCAACUAGAGAGUUCAGGUUUCUCCCCAAACCCGAAGCUAAGUUGGGCGGUAGAUUUAACUCCCUAGGGUCGGGAUUUGUGUUUGAUCCGAAAAGCAAGGAUUACAAGGUGGCGAUAAUCACAGUCAGGAAUGAUAAUGGCAGAUACAUUACUCAAGUUGAUGUGUUCACAUUGAGUAGUAACUCCUGGAAAAGCAUCCGACUCAAUCUCCCAUCUGAGGUCUUAAGAAUUUCUUCUGUUAGACCAGUUUUCGUCAAUGGAUGCAGUUACUGGAUUGCGGUUCUUCCCUGGGAGGGAAAAAAUCGAAGGCACGCAUUGCUUUGCUACAACAUAGGCAAAGAGAAUUUCAGGGCACUGAUUCAUCUGCCAUGCGAUCUUAAAGAUGGCUUCCAGGCAAGUGUUAAGGUAUCCGGAGACUCGCUUGCGAUGUUUGUUUGGACCCAUAAUUUUAGUUAUCCCGAAAGGACUUGGUUUGAUGUUUGGGUGCUGAAUGAACACGGUGAUGGUGGUGCCAAUUAUUCUUGGAGUAAACAGCUAUCUGUUGGCCCUUUGGAAAUGAUUGCACUGCCGUAUCGGUUUUGGGUGGAGGAUGGAGUUGAAUUAGUUGUUCUUCAUAUUCCGGACGAAGCCACUGGCGGCUUAAACCUGUUCACGUUCAAUCCCGUUACCCGACAAAUCAAGAAAUUUCAGGGCGAUUGUCCGCAUGACGGCUGCACCUUCCCGCAUGAAGGCUGCACCUACUUCGAGAGUCUUAUUCCGGUUUGAAUCAAAUCUGUUUGAAGAAAAUCUUCUUUCUCUAUGCGUAAGAAGAUAUAUAUUUGGUAGUGUUGUUCCCGUUCGUUUUCUACUUAUGUUAUAUUGUAAAUGGGGAUAGCGAAAUCUUGAUGCCUAUGCCGAUUUCUUACUGGUUUUGUUCUCUUAACAGCAAAUAUGGUUAUGGUUUUCCGUA